UGAUUAUCAUUGGGAUGCAAAAGAUGAGGCAAAUUGUUUCUGUUGUCUUGUUGCUUUAGGAGAUUUUGAAGGUGGUGAACUAUGUUUUCCCCAGCUCCAGAUUGUGGUGGUGGUUCAGUCUGGACAAGUUGCAUUUUCCUCACGUUUUCUACUUCAUGGCAACUUUCCCAUUACCAAGGGAAUCCAACACAGUGUUGUUUACUAUGUUCAUUGUGGAUUUUUUCAUAAUUCACGGGAUUUCACCAAGGUUUAUGAAUGCAAGGAUAAAAUUUAUAGAGAUGCAAAGGGUAACAAUCUUUAA